AUGAAUGAGAUACCUUUUGUAGUUUCACAGCGCAACCGCACUGUUCAACAAGUUCGAUAUUGCGGCGAUACAAUCGCGGUUUUAAAAGACGGCUCUCCGUGCAAAGGCCUUCUACCUUUUCCCUUGGAGCGCUAUGAACUAGAACCCUUGGAGCUUUCCAAGAGCGAACCCACAACCGUGACGUUGAAACCGCAUCCAUGGAAGUUUCAGCUCAAAUGCGUUAUUGCGAUGAAUCCUCUCGCGGAGCGUCAUUGGUUCUUUCUUUCCGCACCCCGGGAUCACAAUCUAAAGGACGCGAGCCUAUCAUUUAGCCAAAGGAACUUGACAACGCUGCGCGGCGACUUCGAAGGGCUUUUAGAGUCGUGUUUAAAUAUGGGGCCGAGGGCCUAUCGACUCUUUUUGAUGAGCGAGCCCCGCCUAACGGAGGGGGUCCCUGCAGGUUGCUUUCGGCUGCCAAAGGGGGAUACCGCCCCGGGUGCGACCGCGUUGCCGCAUGAGCGCGUUUGGUUUGCCGACCUCUCAGGUGAAAUCGCGACGAUGAUUUGGGAGUUUAUUCACGACUUUUUCAUCAAUAAUUUGGUAGAUCCGACGGUGGUAGUAUGGCCGCCCGGCUUGCCAUUUCCAGUGAACGCCCACGCAUCGGUCGAUGCGCUUCGCCGGGCGGAGCAUGAGAUGCUUUUGCUCCCACCGCGGCGCCUUCUUCACAUCGAGCGGCGACUCCACGACUGGGAGACGGCCGAGGAUUUGGUAAACCCCGUCCCGACCGCCCGAACCAACUGCGAGCCGCCGCGAAUGAUUUCAAAUCCCCAUCGGGCGCUCAAAAAAGGCCCUUCGCCACUCAUUGAGGGCGCGACGAUGCACUUGGUUAGCGGGACUUAUGAUUAUUUUCACUACCGCUCGGAUGGCUUCGUCGAUGAUGGAUGGGGUUGUGCGUACCGCAGCCUGCAAACGAUUCUUUCUUGGUUUCUCCACGAAGGCUACCUUGGGCUGAUGGUUCCAUCCAUCCAAUCUCUGCAAAAAAUCAUAGCCGUUGUGGAUCCGGAUAAAGCUCGCAAACCUGAUUUUGUCGGAUCGAAGGAAUGGAUCGGUUCUAUCGAGAUUAUGUUGACCUUGGGGCACUUAAUGCCCGGGCUCGAAUGCACAAUUAAACAUUUAAAAAGUGGCUCAGAGUUGGAUACUGAUCCUUCCCUGCAAUUUACUUUGCAAGAGCAUUUCAAGCAAGAGCGGUCUCCGCCCAUCAUGAUUGGUGGCAGUGGAUAUGCACAGACAAUUUUAGGCAUCUAUGUGGAUCUCAACACAGCUGAGGCGCUUUAUCUUAUCUUGGAUCCACACUAUUCUGCAAAUCCUACAGAUCUUAAGACUGUCGUUAGUAAAGGUUAUAUCGGAUGGAAACAAGCAAAGAAGUUUUUCAACUCUAACACUUGGUAUAAUAUUUGCAUUCCGCGUGUGGAUCUUUACGAUCCGCGAUGA